GGCUGUGGCAAGCAUUAAUUGUUCAGUACUUCGACGAGUCGCAAGUAAACGAGCGGCCAGACCCAUCAGCCACCAUCCAAUAUAACCCAAACUAUUGGCAUAACCUUUAAGGAAAAAAAAAUCACAAAACGUUUCGACACAAAAGUGAAAAUAAAAACAAAAAUCAACCGUUACCCGUAAUAAACGCGUGUGUUUGUGUGCAACUUUGAAACCGUGUCCCAUUUACACCAAGAAGUCUUACGUAAUCUCACUCAUUAAAAAUGAAGUUUGUUAUUGUAUUUGUUGUUGUUGGCAUUGCCGCCGUCUUGGCUGCACCAGCACCACAACAAGAAGCACAGGUUUUGCGCUAUGAUUCCGAUGUGGAGCCUGAGGGAUAUAAAUUUCUUGUUGAGACCAGCGAUGGCAAAUUACACGAGGAAGAGGGCAAAUUGAAGGAUGUCGGCACCGAUCAUGAGGCGAUCGUUGUACGCGGUUCAUUCUCCUAUGUCGGCGAUGAUGGUCAGACCUAUACUGUAAACUACAUCGCCGAUGAGAAUGGUUUCCAACCGGAGGGCGCUCAUCUGCCACAUGUCUAAGCUGAACGGAAAAUUAUGCGUCGGCGUUCCUUUUUUUCUACCGCAAAACUACCACCCUGUACGAGUACUUAGUUUAAAACGAGCGGGCAUAUCCAGCGAUUUAAUAUACAUUGUGUUAACUAGGUUUAAGCUACACAAAUACAUACAUACACACAUACAGCAUAAGUGAACAAGUUGUAAAACAAAUAAUGAAGUGCGAGCAUGAGCAAAAUAAAUUGUGUUAAUGACUUGAAGUAAUCGAA